AUGCUCGAGUUUCGUACGCAGGGCUUCAAUGGCUACAGCGUGAAAUACUCGCCCUUCUUCGACUCGCGCAUCGCCGUCGCAGGCGCCGCCAACUUUGGGCUUGUGGGGAAUGGCCGCCUCUACGUCUUGGGGCUCACAGCCAACGGUGUCGUUGCCGAGAAGUGGUUCGACACGCAAGACUCGCUCUUCGACACUACCUGGAGCGAAGCGCACGAGAACCAGCUGCUGACGGCAGGCGGCGACGGCUCGGUGAAGCUGUUCGACAUCACGCUCGACCAAUUCCCCGUUCAGUCGUGGCAAGAACAUGCGCGCGAGGUCUUUGCCGUGCACUGGAACCUUGUAGCCAAGGACACGUUCCUGAGCAGCAGUUGGGAUGGCACUAUCAAGAUAUGGAAUCCCAAUGCGCCGGCCAGCAUCGCGACCCUACCAACCCACACUUGCACCUACUCAGCCGCCUUCAGCCCGCACAGCAUUCCUCCUGCCGAAGCCCUCACUCACGAUUGGAACAAAUACCGCGACACUGUAGUCGCUACCGCGGGCGUGGAUCGCCUCGUGCGUACAUUCGAUAUCCGCGCGCCUCAGGCGGGUCCCGUCGCGGUCCUACCAGGCCAUGAGUACGCAGUAAGACGGGUGUCGUGGUCGCCGCAUCUCUCAGAUACCCUACUGAGUGCAAGCUACGACAUGACGUGUCGCGUAUGGACAGAUGGCAGUGCCAUGGGAAUGAAGCAGGAGAACAUGCUCGAGGAUCCGAUGGUGCACGGUGGCGGGCGCGAAUUGGGCAGGAUGGGACGCCACACCGAGUUUGCGACGGGCGUCGACUGGUGUCUCUUUGGCGCAGAGGGCUGGUGCGCAAGUACUGGAUGGGAUGAGCGUGUCCUUGUCUGGGACGCGCGGGCUCUUAUGCAGUGA